GGUGGAGGACGCGCCGCGCCGAUCGAGCCCGGCUCGUGGAAGCAGGGGAGCCUUGCGUACGCUGCAGUUCCUCUGUCUCUUUCCCUCCCGCUCUGCCUCUGUUCCUUAGGAUAUUUUGGGUGGAUUGUGGUUAUCAAUCAAGACCUCCUCUUCUUUGCUGAUCACUUGUCAUUCUCACCGGGGAUUAGUAUCGUUCGGGGCAAGCGGACAACCGAUUUUUUUUCUCUCUUCUUUUCCCUUUGGAGAUUUUUUUCCCUCACCACCCCCCCUUCUUUUUUUUUUCCCUGGCACGGCGGUGCGGGUGCUAGGACCCGGCAACCACCCUCCCCCCGCCCCGCCGCCCCCUUCUUCCCAUCCGCAGCGCUUUCCCCAUAGCCGCCAAGCACCAGAGAAGCCCGCCGGACCGCUGCUCGCUGGAUACUUGUGCCUGGCAGAGCCCGGAUCCGGCCCGCGGAGGCGGCGGCGGCGGCGGGGCGCCGGGUGCGGAGCUGCCCGCGGGCGGCGCAGGGGCCCCCAGGCCGGCCGCCCCCUCCAACACCCUACCCCCCCCCCCGCCACACCUGGAUGGUACCUCCCGCCGGCGCCGCGGGCACUUUCUGAACUAGGGAGGAAGGGGCGACUCGUGGGGGGCGGGGGGCGCCGCCGAAGUCUGUAUGGAAUUACCUGCGCCCGCGGCGGGGCUCGCGGCGGUGGAUGGAUGGGCGCCGCGUCCGUGGAACUCGCGGCCAGCUCAGCCCCAGGAGUAAACACGGGGCUUCUCCGGCCGAGUGCGCAGUGUGGUGACCGGCACUCUCCUCGCUGACUGAUCGCACCAGAGGGAUAUUGCGGGAGACUCCUGAGGGAAGCAGCCACGGAAAGACAGAAGAUGAAAGCUUCUAUUCCCAACUUGAUUCUCUUGUAUGCUACCAUAACUCAGAGCUUGAAGGUUGUGACCAAAAGGGGAUCAGCUGAUGGAUGCACUGACUGGUCUGUGGACUACAAGAAAUAUCAAGUUCUAGUUGGAGAACCUGUUCGUAUAAAAUGUGCGCUCUUUUAUGGAUAUAUUAGAGCUAAUUACUCCCUAGCCCAGAGUGCUGGACUUAGUUUGAUGUGGUACAAAAGCUCUGGACCUGGGGAUUUUGAGGAACCUAUAGCUUUUGAUGGAACUAGAAUGAGCAAAGAAGAAGACUCCAUUUGGUUCCGACCAACAGUGGUACAAGACAGUGGGCUCUAUGCAUGUGUUAUAAGAAACUCAACUUACUGUAUGAAGGUGUCCAUUUCGCUGACAGUGGGUGAAAAUGACACUGGACUCUGCUACAAUUCAAAGAUGAAAUAUUCUGAAAAAGCUGAACUUAGCAAAAGCAAGGAAAUCUCAUGCCCUGAAAUUGAGGAUUUUUUAUUUCCAUUUAGAGAGCCUGAAAUUCUGUGGUAUAAGGAAUGCAAGUCAAAGACGUGGAGAUCAAGUAUUGUGUUUAAAAAGGAUACUCUUGUCAUUCGGGAAGUUAGAGAGGAUGACAUUGGAAAUUACACUUGUGAGUUAAAAUACGGAUUCUUUGUUGUCAGAAGAACUACGGAAUUAACAGUUACAGCACCACUAACAGAUAAACCACCAAAGCUUUUACAUCCCUUGGAGAGUAAGCUAACAAUUCAGGAGACCCAGUUAGGCAGUUCUGCUAAUCUAACCUGCCGAGCUUUCUUUGGGUAUAGUGGAGAUGUCAGUCCUUUAAUCUACUGGAUGAAAGGGGAGAAGUUUAUUGAAGAUUUGGAUGAUAGUCGAGUCUGGGAAAGUGACAUCAGGGUUCUCAAGGAACAUCUGGGGGAACAGGAGGUUUCCAUCUCGUUGAUUCUUGACUCUGUGGAAGAGGCAGACCUGGGGAAUUACUCAUGCUAUGUUGAGAAUGGAAAUGGACGCCGGCAUGCCAGUAUUCUUCUACAUAAAAGGGAGCUGAUGUACACAGUUGAGCUUGCUGGUGGGCUUGGUGCUAUUCUGCUGCUGCUUGUUUGUUUAGUGACUAUCUACAAGUGCUACAAGAUAGAGAUUAUGCUCUUCUACAGGAAUCAUUUUGGAGCUGAAGAAUUAGAUGGAGACAACAAAGACUACGAUGCAUAUCUAUCUUAUACCAAAGUGGAUCCUGACCAAUGGAAUCAAGAAACUGGAGAAGAAGAAAGAUUUGCUCUUGAGAUCCUACCAGAUAUGCUUGAAAAGCAUUAUGGAUAUAAGUUGUUCAUACCAGACAGAGAUUUGAUUCCCACAGGAACCUACAUUGAAGACGUGGCAAGAUGUGUAGACCAAAGCAAGCGACUGAUCAUCGUUAUGACUCCAAAUUAUGUGGUAAGAAGAGGCUGGAGCAUCUUCGAACUGGAAACGAGGCUUCGAAACAUGUUAGUCACGGGCGAAAUCAAAGUGAUACUGAUUGAAUGCAGUGAACUACGAGGAGUUAUGAACUACCAGGAGGUUGAGGCCCUAAAACAUACCAUCAAGCUCCUCACUGUCAUUAAAUGGCAUGGACCAAAAUGCAACAAGUUGAAUUCCAAGUUCUGGAAACGUUUACAGUACGAAAUGCCUUUUAAGAGGAUUGAACCCAUCACACACGAGCAGGUUUUAGAUGUCAGUGAGCAGGGGCCCUUUGGGGAACUGCAGACAGUCUCUGCAAUUUCCAUGGCUGCUGCCACCUCCACUGCUCUUGCCACUGCCCAUCCAGACCUGCGCUCCACCUUUCAUAACACAUAUCAUUCACAGAUGCGCCAGAAACACUAUUAUCGAAGCUAUGAAUACGAUGUACCUCCUACCGGCACCCUGCCGCUUACCUCAAUAGGUAACCAGCAUACCUACUGCAACAUCCCUAUGACACUUAUAAACGGGCAGCGGCCGCAGACAAAAACUAACAGGGAGCAGAAUCCAGAAGAGGCUCACACAAACAGUGCGAUACUGCCCCUCUUGCCACGGGAGACCAGUAUAUCAAGUGUCAUUUGGUGACCGAAAUGCAAGGGGCUGUCAACCACCUUGAGUAGGAGCUGAGUCUGCAGUCUGGUGCCUGGAACUACAUCCUCACUGCUGCUGUUAAACAUGCAUUACAAUCAAUAACAUACGAGGAAAAACAGGGUCUUGUACAUAUGGUUUUUGCAAUUUCUUUGUAGCAUCAGUCUUCCUGUUUUACCCAUGUCUCUUCCCAUUCACAUUUUCAACUUUGUUUUAUAUGUCAUUGGAAUUUGUAUAUUUACAUUUUUUUAAAAGAAAAGACUGAUGUAUAGAUAGGAAACUUUUUUGCUUCAUUAGUAUAGUUUUAGACUUUCUGUUUGUUUGUUUUUAACUUCUCUUGGGAAUGCUUGGACAAAGCUAUGUUGAUAUCAGAAGCACCAUCCGUUUUGUUGGCCUGCCUAGCCUGAUUCCUGAAGGCCAUGCCUGCUGCAGUUCACCUCUUUUGGAGAAUAUUUCUUAGAAGGACCCCAUCCUUCACUGAGAGCUUCAGUUUCAUUUCUAUUCCUGUAAUGUGCACUGCUCCUUCCCUGCCCUUACAAUGACCCCCAUUCGGGGUAACACUGCAGUCUGAUCAUCUAACAUGUAACUUGGUAGAUACUUGUCAAACAACAGAAUAUACCCAAUCUGUAUCGGUUGCUUCACAGUAGUCACUACAAAGUGUGUAGAAACUAGAGAUGGUUUGGGUUUUGCUUUCUUGGGUUUGGUUUUUUUUUCAUUAUUAUUUUCAGAAUGAGUUGAUUGUAUCCCUUUUAUAAAUAUAAAAGCAAACCCUAUUUUUAACACUUCUUGGAAAAGUAUUAAUGUGGUUGUGGGUUUUAUUUUUAAGCAUUUAACUUUUUCUUUCCCCCCUUUCAAAAUCCUGCAAAUAAGACUAUUUGCGAUUUGUCAGGCAAAUAAGAAAAGUGAGGCAAUAGGUACAGAAGUGCAUAAUCCUGCUGAUAUUUACAGUGAUGACUUCCAAACCAAAGGAGAAUAAAAGGCAGUGUUGUAGAUGGUUUGUCACUUUGUAUUAUAGAAAGCAUUAUUUUCUAAAAAAGUAAGAGCAAAACAUUAUUUUGCUGUGGAUUACAGAGUCCCCUUGUAUUUUAAUGUUCAAAAAACCCUGUAUUAUUUGCUUUAAAAUUAUAUAUUCAGGAUUAAGAAAUCUUCUUUCAUUUGGUUUUAGCUUGUAAUGAAAAGUAAAACUUUCUUAAUUUCAAAAUGAUUUCAGUAAGAACUCAGGCAGAAAAAAAAUGACAUGAAUACCAACAAAUAUAAUUGUUUUAAAAAUAAACUUUAUUUAUACAAAAUUAAUAUUUAAAUCAGACCUGGAAGUAUUAAAAAAAAUUAUUCACUUUAAUGAAUAAAUAAAUUAGUUUUAUUUUUUAUGUAUUAUUCUAUCUAUGAGGAGUUGUAAAUAAUGCAUGUACCAUGGCUGCCAGGGAGUUAAAAAAACCCCACUACGUUUAUAUCUGGACAUCUUUAAGACAAUAAGCAUCUUACUAAUACUUACAUUUUAAAUAACAGAAAAGGCUUUUCUUGUUUUAGAAAGAGAAAGGAGCGGUAUUGUAGCUCUGUAACAUACUCAGGCAAAGCUCUCUGCUAGUCUCUGCUAGCAGAAGCUGAAGAGCUGGGGUAGUUACUCAUUGCAGCACACAGUCAUAUGGUCAUGGGUUUGAUUUGCCCUGGCAGAAAUGUAACUGGCAUCCUGACAAACAGACUUUAUAGUCUAUUUAUGUAAUUAAUUUGCUUUAGGUAUUUUUUAUGGUAGCUGAAUAAUAUUUACCAAUAUAAUAGAUGUGUGGGGCUUUUUCAUCCGUAUCGUCACAAUGGGAGAAGUACAGCUUAUAAUAUUUUGGUCUUAAUGAGAAGCAAUGGGUAGAGAGUGGGUAAACUGCAGUUUGGGGGAUGUUUGUGGGAGUAAUCCAGAACUGACAGAGUGGGAGGAAAUGACUAUGCUCCUGUUGUGAAAGUCAAGAAAUCUCAGUAUCUGCAUAACAAGCUAAUAGAGCUUUGGGAUGUGCACUGAUUUUUAGUUGCUUAAGAAUGUUUAUUUCUCUGACAAUUUGCUUUUCUACAAUCUGUUCUGUAUUAUGGUGUCUCCCUCUGGACAUGUGCCAAACAUCCACAAAAUGGAAAUGAACCUGCCAGGCCACAUAAAAUUUUAAGAGAGCUUUGCACAUUUGAUUAUUUUCAUAGUCUAAGAAAGCUAUUAUUUGCUUCUACAGAGACCUGUCAGGCACUGACGGCAUUUUCCUUCAUUCAUCUGGAUGCCAAAUACCCCAGUAUCCUAUGAAGGCAAUGCAUUACUUUUUCCCUUUUCCUUCAUCUUUAUAUGCCCUGGGGGAAAGACUGGAAUGUGAAAUAAAUGUAGGAUGUAACUAUCUGACCACAGUCACAUUUAGGCAAUCCCUCAUGGGGAGUACUUUUCUGUUGUUCUAUUUUUAGUGUAGAUUUAAGCACUUUGAAUAGCAUGAUUCAGGGAUUGACAGAUACUAUUCACACUACUUAAAAUUUUUUUCUUAUAAUGUUUUGUCAUAAUAUAUUAAACAAAAGAAAAACAAACAAACAAACAAACAAAAGAAUUAACCACAAAGCAAAACCUAAAACAAAUGGAGAAGCUAUCUAUGGCUUUAGAACCAUUCCUCCUUAGAAUUCCUCCUCUAUGAACAGCUCUCCGUGGGGAACAGUGGAGAGGACUGUUUUGUGUUCACAUGCUCUAUGCUUGCCAAAAGUUGUUUGAACGCAAAAUAAAAUGAAAAAAACCCCCAACAAAACAACAACCAACCAAAACCAACCAAACCUGUCAUUGCCCUAGUGCUUAGGCUCCAUCCUUUUUUCGUGAAGUUUUCCAGUUUUUGACAAUGCAGCCUGCAGUGUGCAUGCAAUAGCCACAUAUAAGGUUUAGCCAUAAGCAAAUAGCACUUUAUUUUAAAAACUGCACAGUGUGAUGAUCGGAAAAACUUACUCUGCCUGGUCAAUAACUUUGGGUUUGUAUGUGUAUUCUAUGCACAUGAAUUAUCCAAGUGUGGUGCUUCAUCUUUAUAAGGCUCUCUAUAAUCAGGGUAGUCUUUGCUAUAAAACUAAAGGACUCUGUUCUACAAUCUGUGGAAAUUCAGUAUAUACGUUCUCUGGACAGCACAUGUAGCUGAACAGUAAUGGGGGAACUGUACAGUAUUCAGCUAAUUAUUCUGAAGGUAAAGUGCAUUGCUGGGUCUGAUUCUGUUCUCAGUUGCAGCAGUAUGAUUUGAGAGUAAAUCUAAUAAAGCUGAAUGAGUUUAAGAUUGAUUUGUGUGGGAGAAGAAAAUUGGAAAAGCAAAGAGAAAAAGAAUUCAUAUUUCCAGUCUGUGACAAGCUGAAAUCUUGGCUGCAAGGAAAGCAGCAGCAAAAUGUCUUCUGAAUUUUAGUAGAGGCCCAGUUCUCACCUAGCAGCUGACUUCAAACACUUUCAAAAUGAUCUGGUUCAAAGCUAAAUACUGUUAGGCUUAGAAGCAAACUAAGAUUUUGCUAUUACUGCACAGCUGCAAAAACCAUGUGUAUGUUACAUAAUGGGUGAUAAUCAGCUUUGGAAUAAUUGGAAAGCUUGUUAUACCCGCCUGAUUAAAAUUCACAAAGGUUUACUUGGAUAUUGUGUAUUAAUGACACAUUUAAAUUAUAGAUAAAGCAGUGAGAUUUGGGGAAAACUGGCUGGGUAAACAGGCUUCCUUCAUUCUUAAAUUGAAAAGAAAGAAAAAAAGAAAAUGUCAAGUUAGCAAGCCUAAGGAGAGUUUAAUUAAAAUCCAAAGAAGAAAAACAAAUCACAGCAGUAAAGUAAGCUUAAAAAUAGGAUAAAGGUCAAUGGAGAAGAAAGGCCAAAAUGCCCACCUGUUUUUCGUCUGUAUUGUGGAUUUUUUUUUUUUUUUGUCAUGAAAGUUCUGUACUCUAGCUGACCUAUAUCGAGCAAAUGGCUUUUUGGGGCCCACCAGACAGAUCAGCAACACACAUAUGUACCUGUAUGUCUAACACACUUCCUAAUGAUUUUGUGCUUGCUUAUAGUCUAGAAAAGAGAGGUUUUGGUAUGUCUUCUAUUGUUGUGAUACAGAGGAUUGCAGGAAUCUGUCAGCACUAAAAAAAUCUCACUAACAAGCUUAGUUUAUUAUCCAGAGUAACUAUAUUCCUUCACACUCACCACUUAUCUGAUUUGCUGUUAUUAGAACACUUUUUUACACAUUUCUCAGCUCAGCAAGUGACUGAGUGAUUAAUGUGACUGGCAUCAGAAAAAAUGUAAGCAAUACCAUAACAAUUAGUUUCCUUGUAUCGGUGCAAGUUCCAUUGCAUUUUUUCUGUAUAAUCACAAGUCUUCACCUCCUAAAUAGCCCGCUGAGUGGAGGUUGGAGAACACCACUCUGUCUUUCAUUUGAGACUCAUUGAACUUCGUAUGGAUACUAAGCUAUCAUUUGUGAUGUAAUUUCACUGGGCUAUUUCCCAUUGACUCCGGCUGUAUCCUCCAAGAAGACAUGUUGGCGGCAUUGUGCUUCUCCAGCUGGCCUUGGGUUGGUGUUCCAGAACUCAAAGUUGUUGCCCUGGGGAGUGAAACUAAUAGAAAUAUUUCAUCUAGUAAGAGUUUUUCUAUGCUUUUUUUUUUUGUUUGUUUAAAUUCUGUUUAAGAUAAAUUUUGACCUUUGUUCUGGACUAAUAAGCUCAGUGGGUGGGAGGUUUAGAGUCCACACAGUCAUGAAGUAGUCAGAGCAGAAAUUAUAAAAGCAGGUUUGAUACCUUAUUUGGAAAAUUUAUAAAUCUGAAGCUUCCCAGAUUACUAUAAAAUGGUGCAUUGAGAUUGACAGUUGUUGAAGGAAAAUAUUCUGUUAUUACAACCAGCCUCAUUGCAAAAGCUUAUCAGCGUUCUUACAUUAAAUAGCCAAUAUCCUAGAUAAUGUAAUUUCAGAAACAUUCAACAGUCAAUUAAAAUAUUUUUGGUUUGAUGAAUUAAGAGCAACAUGAUUCUCUAGGAUCUAAAUGUAAAAUAAAAUAGAUAAUCUUUAUCUAGUACUGAGUUUACAGGAAGCACAAAUAUGUCUUUGCUGGGUCACUAGUAUUAGGAAAACAAUUUGAAGCAAAAUUUAAGAGCUGUGAAUUUGAUCGAGAUAUUCUUGUUAUUUUUUAUAAAGACAUUUCUCUUAACUGCCAAGGUAUGACAGAACACAUAAAUUACUCAAAAAUAAAAUGGAUGUGCUUUUUAACCUUCUCUUUCUCUGUUUAUCAAAUAUUAUCUCACUCUCUGCCCCCCUCAAAAAUACAAAAUCAUCCAGGAAAAAUGAAUACCUACUGAGCCCAUACUCUGAAGCCCAUUUGGUGGCAGACAAAGAAGAGCAAGCCAGAGCAAGGGGCUGCACCACAUGGCUGCAACUGGGAAGCUCUACAAUGGGGACACUCUGUGUGCCUGUGCAGGGAGAGGCACAGGGCUCUGCCCAUUGUGUAGUUACUCCUCUGUCAGGUGGGUGCAGAAGGAACUAUAAGCUCAAUAUAUCACCAUUCUUCUACCUGCUAUAGGUAACACACAGAGAAGGUGGGCUGUGAGCCCUCAGGUUGGGGUACAUGUGAAAACUCUUUGCAGAGAUGUUUAGGGUAAGUAGAUGUCUUCUUUCCUAAGAAGAGACUUAACAGCAACAAAGCACUGACUUACAAAAUGUUUUUAUUUUAGCUCUCAGUUCGCACACCAUUUUUCACAUCCUUGUAGAGUGCUCAUCUGAAACAACAGCCUGAUACUGUCCUGAACUUUCUGUGAAGAAAAAGUCAGUCUUAAAAAGGUCAGUCAUGGCUUUAAAAUACUUUCACCCAUGCAUCUGCCAUUAAGCUGCAGGGUCUGCACACACACUCAAAAAAAACCCAAAAAUAAAGAAAGAAAAGCAAAAUAGCAAAGCAAUUACUAAACCCUGUUUAAACCUGGCUUUGAGAGCUGGUUUGGUUUUUUGGGGUUUUUUUGGGUUUGUUUUUUUUUUCAGGGAAGGUUGUUUUCUUCUGCUGUUUUGUAGGAAGUUAUAUGAGAGAUUGUUUUAAAUUUUCUCUUCAUUCUUUGCAUGACAGGUAAAUCACAGGGAGAUUUUAUUUCUUUUUUGAGAAAGUUCUAUUCUUCAUUGUAAGUUGCAAACACAAGUUGCAGUGAAUUUACAGACUUAGAAGAAAUUGUUUGCCAGAGUCAAUAUUCUCUGGUGAACAGCCCACCGCAGCCCUAAUUAAGUUCUUAGGGACAUCUCAGUAGAAAAUUUAAACAAUUGUAUUAUACAUGCACCUUAAGCAUCACAUUAGAAAAUUGUAUAUUUGUGUUCUUAAAACCCAGGCAACUUCAAAUGGAACAAUUAUGCAAAUACAAAGCAGAGAGGAAAAUACUGACACAACUGUUUCCAUCUAUUUUAGCAAAAUAGUUCCGUGACAUCAGGCUCCUUCUUUGAGAUCACUAACCUAUGCCUACCCCAGGAAAACACAUGAAUCUGCAAAAUAUGAAGAUAUCUGGUGGAAAAAUGUUGCAAUAAACACUCUCAAAUCUUUGUUAUAUCAAAAAAAGCACUUUAGACAUUUUUAUACCUAUACAUAGGUAUUUUAACUUGAAUCAUUUAAUCAUCAAAAAAUACAACAAAAUAAAGUAAGUAGCACCUCAUAAAAAUUCAAGGAACUCCCCAAAACCUGAGUUUGUUCACAAGAUGACAUUUUUCAUGUGCUGCAAGAUGACAGACUUGCAACCAGGCCAUUGCUAGGUGGCACUGUGACACAGAUACAUAGGUAGGGGUAACACGGUGGGAGAAGUAUAGCAAAGAUGUUUCCUGGUCAUGUCGGGAAAGGUAGGUGGUAGUGGCUGGCAUUCAUCUGGUCCUGCUGCCACAGGAGAUUACAGACAUCUUUUGCCUGUAGGACACUAGAAUCACAAAUUUACCAGGUACUUCCUUCACUUCCUGGGUGCUAUCUGAAGCCAUUUAUAUAACCCUUUUAGAGGUAGAGAAUGUUUUUUCUGGAUGACAGGAUCUACCUGAAUCAGAAGAAUAUCUGUCAGAAUUCCUAUCACUGUAAAUAAUAAUUAGCGUCAGUACAGUUCAUCUCCUAUUUUCUAUGCUUACCUCUUCACUCUUCUGAACAAAAAAAGAUUGUGAACAGCACUCAGUGCCAUAUAGCAAAUAGCAUUCCCACACUUUUUUUUUUUAAUUUUUAUUUUUUUACUGUUAGAUAUUUUAAGAGUGGGAAAUAGCAGCAAAGAUACUGUCUGCUUGAAAUGACACUUGCCAAGUUCAAAAAUGCCCUGUUCAGUCAUCUUGGACACCUUACCUGAAAUUCUUCUUUCUAGAUCCUGGCAAAGAGCAAUCUAGAGAAUAAAGGGUUGGACACAGACUGAACUGCACAUGCAUAUAAUUUUCAAGGAUGUUCUUAUUCCUCGUAGUGACUCAUAUUGGUUUUUAGUUUCUUUUGCUUUAUUUUGUUUUGUUUUCAUAAGGAAAGAGACAUCAGAACUGACAUACUACUGCAUUACAUUAGUUAGGUGAUGGCAUAGCCACAUUAGAAAGAAUGGAGUUGAGCUCCAGAGCACUGGAGUAAAGUAGUCAUGAACUAGGCUGAAAGUCUCCUACCUGUGCACAUUGCAGCUGUUGAAAGAGCUGCUGGAUUUCCUUAGCUUCCACUUCAGUUGGUUCUCCACUUCAUAGGCACUUUAACAAAGAGGUUUUGAAAGGGAAAAUGGUGCUUUUAGGUGCCAUAAUAGAUGGAGUCUUGGGCACAGUAAGUCUGAUACCACAACCUCACUGAGAUAUGAGGUUUCUGUGUGAAACCCGACGUUUCCUUCUCAUUUUGGUCUUCUGACUGCCAUCUGUUGGCUUGCUAAGGUUCUCCUAAAACUCAAAAAAUAAAAUCAGAUAUUUCAAAGUCAAGGUGAAUCAGUGAAAAAAUAUAUCUUCAUAAUUGAUUGUUUCGAAUAGCUGACUAGAAUUCAGAUAUCCGUCCCUUCUUCCCAUACCUCUUCCUGUCCUUCUGUUCUAGAUAAUCACUGGCCAUAACUUCUCUUACAUGUCCUGUAAAAAUAUGAUCUAGGGAUUUUAUAUUAUUUUCAUAGAAUCAUAGAAUCAUAUAAUGGUUUGGGUUGGAAAGGACCUUAAGAUCAUCUAGCUCCAACUCCCCUGCCAUGGGCAAACUCAGAAAUAAUUUUAUAUAACAUCUUGGUUUCAUCAUAAAGGUUUGCAGAUUUGUUAUUCUUUUUUAUUUUAUACCAGUACAGCAGCUAAUAAAGUUAAAGUAGGCAACUGCCCAGUGCUCGGCAGUGGUGAAGCAGCCAACACAGUUAGUGAGUUGAGGAUGCUACACGACAAAAUAUUCAUCUUAGCUCUUACCGUAAACGGGAAUUAUCUGCCCAACAUUACAUCUAAAUAUCCACUGCUGUCACUCACAGCAAUUUUGAGUCACAUAUGAAUUUUGCAAGAAAAGCACACUAUUAAGUGCGUGCUUUUAACAGUGUAGUGACUAUACAUAUAAUAUAUAAACUUAAGCAUAAAAACCAUUUCAUAGGUAAAUAUUUUUAUUAGCAUGUUGUACAUAACUGCACUUUCUUCAGAAGCUAAUAAAACAAAAUGACCAAAAAGACCUUUAUAACAAACAUGUGCCUAGUUGCAAUAGUAGAAGAAAAAUUUCACUGCCUUCACUUUUACAAAAAAGUUGCAAAUGUAAUACAAAUAAAGAAAUGAAAGUCUGUAGAGAAUUGUUUGAUUCUAAUGUCAACUGCAGCAUCUUUCUACCAACUUCAAUUUGUCUAGGGGAUUUAGUUUCUUUAAUUUUUUUCCAUUAUUUUACUCAGCUCAGCAGCUGACUGUCCAUACGCAGAGUGCACAAUACAACUCAAGUAGUAACUGUCUUUCUUGGGAGCAUACUCUUCAAAGUUAAUAGCUGGAUAAGCAUCUUGAUAAAGCGCUUUGUUAAUAAAGCUCUCAGCUGGCCUUCAGUAAUCCUGGGAACAACCAUAGUCGAAACGCUGUGUAGUUCCUACUG